GUUUAUAAAAGAGGUGAGGCACAUUUCCACUUCUCACACUCUGAAAAGCUCUGAUACUGCUUUACGACUGCAUCGCGCACACCCAGCAGCAUUAACGAUGCACACAAUUCUGCUACUUGUGGUAACAUCUGGACUGGUGUUACUUCAGACAACUCAGGGACUGACUGCAAAUGUGGACCCAGAUACAGACUUCAUUGAAGAGGCAAUGGCUGACGGUUUCAUAGUCGGCACUAAAGAGCCAUACAAAGCUGAGAAAACACAGGAUAAAAACAAUGGCAUUAUGCAUGACUCACUAAACCCAGAGGCAAAUCUAUCCCAUUUUCUGAAGAACAGUGUGCCAACAGAAACUAUAGCCAAAAACCCAGAGGCUAUUACCGAACUCACUAGUGAAAAUACUAAGGAGCUUCCAACGAAUGAAAGUGCUACUAUUUUGAUUACAGCUGGCUCAAUACAAAUCACCACAUUGUCCCCGGAUGAAAAUGCUGAAGGUUCAGGUAUCUUCCCGGAAUGGGUUCUCGAAAAAUCUUCCCUGAACGGAUUGUCGAUGAACAUGGAUGGUUCCGGUGACUCGGGCAUGUUUCUGGAGAUUCUCGAUGAGACGCAAGACAAGGAUCUCCAGUUCACCACCACUGUCCGUAAUUCUCCAGAUCUUAAAAUCUCUACAAUUUCAACAGAAGAGAACGGCGAAUCUGGGAUGGAGCCUGACGCUUCUACCUCAGAUUGGAUGACAACUACGCCAGCUGUUAUUUUAAAUGAAGAUGUAAUAAACAAUGUAGAAAAACCUGUGGAAAAAAGUGCUUUAAAUCCAGCAGUGGAAGUGUCCCAGUCCAAGCCACCUCAAUCUGAGGAAUCAGCACAUGAACCUAAUGCACAGGUCAAAGAUGGCAUACCAGGUUGGCUUCUCAUCUUAGCAUUAUGCCUGACAGUUGGAGCUGUUAUCUGCGUGUUUGUUGGGAUCGGCACCAAAGACAUGUGGUAUGGUCCUAGUAAGCGAUGCUUCAAUAUCAACUCCACCGAGUCAAAGAAACAUGAGGAAUAUGACAAAGCAGCGACCCUCCCCCUGUCAGAGAAGGAGAUGGUGGCACUCAUGAGCUCACAAAAGUCAGAGAGGAAUGAAACAGACUAUAGCAUCAUCAACCUUGAAGAACUUCCAGAAAAGGAAUAUCUGAUGUAAUU